AUCACCUGCAACAUGAUGGUGAAUAAAAUGCAUCUUGCAUGUAAGCAGAUGGCUAUGUACUGAAAAGAACAUGUGUGCAACUUUCUAAACGAUGAGAAAAUCUUUGAAAAAAUCUGAAUUAAAAGUAAACAAAAGAAGAACUUUAUGGCUUCCUGGAAAACUCAAACCACACAACUAGCACUUUUUUUUUUUCUGCGUUGAGGUUUCCCUUUUAAGGGAGGACAGGCCUUUCUGGGGCUCAUUCUCUCGUCUGCAGGCAUCAAAGCAACGCCAAACGCCGACAUGCUGUGCAACUUCAGUGGACCCGUGCUGAUCAGAGUGCUCCCUCCGCUGCUGGUCACAGAGUUCGUUCUGGGUCUCGCUGGAAACGGUUUUGCUCUUUUCAUCUUCUGCUUCCACUUGAGGCCCUGGAAAAGCAGCACGGUGCUACUCUUCAACCUGGCAGUGGCUGACUUCAUGCUCAUCAUGGCUCUGCCCCUCCGAGCCAGCUACUACCUGUCGGGGAUCCGCUGGAUUUUCGGUGAGACGAUCUGUAACGUCUGCCUCUUCAUGCUGGCGAUGAACCGCAGCGGGAGCACUUUCUUCCUGAUGGUCAUCGCCCUGGACAGGUACAUGCGUGUGGUGCAUCCCCACCAUCCCAUUAACUCCCUGAGCGUGGGCAAGGCCAUGUUGGGCGCUCUGGUGCUGUGGCUGGUCCCCAUUACAAUGACCGCCCAUGUCUUCUUUCUGCAUCACAUCAACACAACCUACUGCGAAAGCUUCAUGGUGGACACGACCUCCAGAGGAAACCUGUCCUGGCACAAAUUCACAUUUCUCUUCUCUUUCUACAUGCCUCUGCUGGUGAUCCUCUACUGCACCUUCCAAAUCAUCGGCCACCUAAGGAGGAGACAGCUGACCAACCAAACCAAGUUCAAAAAGGCUCUGUACUUCAUCGUGGUGGUGGUGGUGCUCUUCAUCGUCUGCUUCCUCCCCAGCAACAUCACUCUGUUGACCAUGUGGAUCAAGAUGCUCCCAGGAUUCGUCUGUGAUGACGUGGAGCAGCUCACCACCGUGUUCUACAUCACCAUCAGUUUGACUUAUCUCAACAGCGUGCUGGAUCCCGUGGUCUACUACUUCUCCAGCCCGGCCUUCAAGAACAUCUGCAGGAGAACGCUGCAUCUGCCUCAGACAGAGACUUGUGAGAGCACGGAAAAGAAAACACGUGAGACGGCAUCCCAGUCGCACAGCCAGCUGUGAUCUGCAAACUCAGAGUUAACAUCUGGUUAAACCGCAUCAAGUUUGAGCAAGAUGAUGCUGUUCUUACUUCCCUUAUAGCCGCUGAAAAUGGGUUAACUGUACUUUUCUUGCACAAGC